AUGGGUCACUCAGGAGGUUUGCGCGCCGGUACUCGGUAUGCCUUUUCUCGCGAUUUCAAAAAGAGAGGAGCUAUCGCUCUUGGAACCUACCUGAAGGAAUACCGGGUCGGUGACAUCGUCGACGUUAAGUGCAACGGUGCCGUUCAGAAGGGUUUGCCCUACAAGUACUACCACGGCAAGACCGGUGUCGUCUACAACGUGACCAAGUCCGCCGUCGGCGUCAUCAUCUACAAGCGUGUCGGUAACCGCUACCUCGAGAAGCGCCUCAACGUCCGUGUCGAGCACGUCGCCCACUCCCGCUCCCGUGAGGAGUUCAUCAACCGUGUCAAGGAGAACGCUAUCAAGAAGCGCCAGGCCAAGGAGCAGGGCGUUCACUUGCACUUGAAGAGACAAGCUGUCCAGCCCCGUGACGCCCACGUCGUCGAGUCUUCCGACAACUUCCCCGAGACAAUCACUCCUAUCCCUUACGACACCCACAUUUAA